AUGAAGAAUUUAAUCGAGGAGUUGGUGAGGAAUCUCAGUCUGACCUUGGUGGGAGUGUUCGUGGUGACACUGGUGCUGGUUGGUGAUAUCAAAGUGUCUCUUUGGGUUUUCUCCUGCAUUCUCUUCACACUCAUCGGAAUCGCAGGCGGCAUGCGAUUCACCGGCCUCACCAUCGAGCUCAUGACGUCCAUACUUCUCAUCUUGUCUGUCGGGUUGGCCGUUGACUAUUCCACCCACAUCGCUCAUAAAUUCAUGAUCAUCUGGUUUUCGGUGAUAUACGGGUUGUAUCAUGGAUUGGUCUACCUGCCGGUGAUGCUGAGCUGGUUCGGUCCUCAACCUUUCGCUGAUACGCUGUCCUCAACCGACACUGGCCUUGCUAAGAACGUCCUUGAUCCCGGUCUAGAGAAAGCUCCAGGAAAGCCUGGCGUCAAAAAGACUGAUUCCUCGAGCUUCAAGAGCGUCGCUUGGAAGAAGAGCAGGAGGGAGUAUCCGAUCCGAAACGAUCCAGGAUGCAUUGCAAAGGAGAAAACUAAAGGGAUGAAAUCGCCUCCACCGAGAUCCGACGCGAGGGAGUCAUGCAUCGGGACAUCGUAUCGUCCCAGUGUGGGAUGACCCCGACCCUUCCCGGGUCCUUCGAUGCGAUCUGCCCGGGUCCGGACGAUGGUGCAAUUUUUUGGGGAAGCCUUAGUGACUUUUCGGUCGAAUCAGUGCCUCGUUCUCGCGAUGAAUGAUGUAUCAAUAUUUGCGACGAGUGUGAUGAUCCCGUAUG